AUGGAUGUCCAAAUAUUUUUAUGUAUUAUCUUUUAUUGUGCUUUUCAAAAAAGGUUAUUAUUUUUUAAUUUAAUAGAUAGUAUAUGUAAAGAUUGUUGUAAAAAAGAAAACUAUAGCUACAAAAGAUUUUUAGAUAAUAAUGUUGGAGAAAUCUUACCCCUAAUUUUACCAGACGAUAACCUGGAGGUGAAGAAAAGAACCAAAGAAACAAUAGAGAAUAUACUAAACUCAUGGUCUGAUAGAGGUGUAUUUGAUGAAAAGUUCCUUAGAAGGGCCCAUUCAAUACUCUCUGGUGUUGCAGAAGAAUCAAGAUCAGUUUGUCCAAACUAUUCCGAAAAAGAUAUUGCAAGAUUAUUAAAGAAGAUGGAUGAAAAAAGGAAAGAACAAAAAAGAAAGAAGUUUGAAAAUGAUAUUCAACAUCCAUUAGAUGAAUUUAUAGAAUUAUAUAAAUUUUGUUACAAAGAUUCAGAUAAGCAAGAUAAUAUAAAAUCAAAAAACAAUAAUAUUAAAAAUAAUAAUAACAUCCAUAAUAAUGAUAAUGAAAUAGAUGAUAAUAGCAAAAGUAUAAAAAAAAUAAAGGCCUCUGACAGCAGAGAGAUAAAUAGUAAUAGUAUAAGUAAUAGCAUAGAUAGAAUAACAUCGAAUGGAAACGAUGUUAUAAGAAGAGAAAUUAGUUCAGAAGAUUUUGAAAUGUAUAAUAGUUUUAAAAGAAAAUUUACUCUUCCAGAUUGGCUUUCUUAUCAAAUAAAUGAAAUGGAUUUAUUUACAAGUGGUAAUAGUGAGUUUCAAGAUCAAAUGUUUGAUAGCUGCUACCAAUUUAAUGACCCAGAUUACUACUACUCCAAUCCCUCUCAACAUGACCAACUCAGUUAUUAUCCACAAUAUCAGCCUUAUUCACCAACCUCAACAAGCGAGAUUGAUAAACUACAGGAAUAUUUAAAGAAAUUAGAAGAUUUAGAAAACAAUUUAGAAAACAAUUUGAAUAGAGAAAGUAAAAGCCGCCAACCAUCAAAUGAUAAAUAUAACUAUCGUUACAGUGAAGGUAGAGAAAGCAGGGAUAGAAGCAGGACAAGAGAUAGAGAAAGCAGAGAUAGAGAAAGAGAAAGAGAAAGAGAUAGAGAAAGAGAUAGAAAUAGAGACAGAGAUAGAAACAAAAGUAGAGACAGAGAUAGAUAUUAUGAUAGGUUUAGUGAUAAAUACGACAAAA